UACCCGACAAGCACACAAGAUAAUAAGUUUCUACAAAACCAUCAGAAUUGAACAAAUAUGGCGCUAGGAUCUACGCACAAGACAACAUGUCGGAAAGAAAGAUACGAUACAUCUUUCAUUUUAUAAAUGAUGUUUUUAUUUAGUAAGACUAUGUUUUGUGAGAAGUUUCAUUCAAGUUCAUGGUCCUACCAAUAUAUUGCUUAGCCGUGUGGCUAAGUUUAAGAAGGGAUAUUAAUGAUAAGUUUUGAAACGGUUAAAUGUGAUUUUGCUAGUUUUUUGUGAUGUGAUAAUGGCAGAUAUGUCAAGGAAGAGGUCGAGAAAGUCAAAGCUAGUGCCUCGACAAAUCAAUUCGGAUUCUGACGACAAGGAUGUUGAUUUGGAGGCAAAACAUCAAAGAAUUUCGAAUAACUUCAGCGGUAGCAUUGGCAUUAAACAGGAGCCCACUACGUCAAGAUGUCCGAUCACUGAAAUGUAUGCGACCAAACAAUUCUCAAAUAAAAUUCCAAUGAUGCAUGUGUCAGAGCCACCAAUGCAAAUAAAUGUCAAGGUCGAAGUUGAGAGGUUUGACGAAGCUGAAACGGAUAAGGACAAACGUAUAUAUGUUGACGAGGGAGCGUUCCGAAGGAGAUUCAAAAACAAAAAGUUUGUAUUAACCAAUAAUAUGGUUGUUAGUGCUGCGGACAAAAUAAAACAAAACUCAAAGAAUAUCGCUGAUCACAUUCUGGAUAUUGCUGUCAGGAACACAAGCGGGCAUAUUUUGAGGAGAGAUUUUUACAAAAUAAAUCCUUGGGAUGAACGUAUACAGAAAGCACUGGAUGAAUGGAAAGAAUGGCAAAGUAAACAUUUUCUACGCGAUGGCCCGUUAUUCUACAAAUGUUAUCACUGCCUGGUAUCAUUUUGGUAUUUGGAGGACUUUAAGAGACAUCUUAGCGGUCAUAAAUACUUGAAUGUAGGCUUAGAGAGCCACACACACCACGAAGUUAACAUAAUAGCUUACGAAGAUCCCGUUCCAAGUAGAAUGGUCCUGCCUACAAAGGGCAACUGUGGCCGUUGUGGCAAAAACUUCAAAGACCACAGUCUGAGUACUGCGGACCAAUUAUAUACCUGUCACGGCUGUUCAAAAGUUUUCCAUACAUGCCUGAAUCUAGGGUUUCACGUCUCAAAUUGUCCAACAUUAGGCUUACCGAAGACAAGAAUCACCUGUCAAAUAUGCAAGCUAGAAAUUCCAAGUAUAAAUAACAUGGAACAUUUGCAUAACGUACACAUGGUAAGGUCUGACGUACCAAUUUUGACAAGACAUUGCAUUUACAGUACGUGCGAUCAAUGUACAGAGAGAUACAUUAAUAAGGACCUACACAUAUGCUUCAUACGUUCUCAUCACCAAUGCAACCUCUGUUUUAGAAGCUUUCCAACUGAGUACCUAGUUAAACGUCAUGCUGAACUAUAUAAAGAACCGUAUGAGUGUCCGAUAUGUGGACUGAAAAUGCGAGAUGCCUGUAAUAAGUACGAACAUAUGAUGGCUUUUCACAGUGAUAACUAUACACUAGCUAUUAAAUGUACAAUGUGUGUAAGACUCAGCAUAUUCCUAACCAACGGAGGCCUUGCGAAACAUCUGCGCUGUGCCCAUAGGAGACAAGACACUACGUACCCUGGGUUUGCAAUUCAAAUAAUUAUACCUAAAAGUUGUUUGCAUCCAUAUUUCGAUGCAUAUUCCAGUGACAAAGUUGACAUAAGCUAUGCAGGAAGGCCUGGGGUCACUGAACUAAGCACAGCACAGACUGAAAGAGAAGAUGUUCAGGUUAAGAACGAGAUUGAGAGUGACGUAGAACAGAAAGAAGAAGUAAUUGAUGAUGUAGUUGAAAUCGCCGAUAGUCCUGAAAUUGAAGUUAAAGAUGAACCGGAGGAAUCUUCGGAUUACCAAGAAUUAACAAUUAAAGAAGAACCAAUACUUCCAGAAAUCGUAGAUACAGAAUACUUCGCACCCGACGUAAGUGUCAAAGAAGAAUUUGACGAAGACAUAGAUGUAUACGAAGAUGAUAUCAUUAAACUUGACAUAAACAUGGAUAGCUAUCAAAUUAAAGAGGAAAACGCUGACACUGACAGCCAGGAAUCCUCCAAUGACGCUGACUAUCAAGAAGAGGCUGAAAACGAUGAAAAUAUACAAACGACACAAGUUAAAUUGUAUCGGUGUACAAAAUGUGGGUAUGAAGAUAUACACAAGAAUUACAGAAAACACAUAGCCUCAUCAUGCAGUAAGACCUUUGCCACAGAGUAUAAAAUUACUUGCAGAAAAUGUUCGAAAUCAUUCAGAACGUUUGGAAAGUAUCUAAUUCAUUUAAAAAGUCAUGGUUACAGAGCUUUGACUUGCCCGGAGUGUCUCAUGCAGACCAAUACUUGCUCGAAACUGGUUUCUCAUGUACACGCUCAUAUAAAGCAAAGUUUCAUUAAAAUUAAGGCCUUCAAGGAGGAUGGCACGGACGGCAAGGCUGAAUAUCAGUGCAGCAAAUGUUCAGAGACCGUUGACAGUCAAGAGGUCUUCGUACACUGGGAGAAACAUGUAAAUUUUGGACCGAGAUCACAAGAACUGUCUUCAAGUAGGAAUGAUGAGUUUGGGGAGCCAACCGUUGUGGAUUUAUUAGGGAUACAGUAACGGGACUUGUGGCAGAGACUGCGAUGGAUCUACAAGAUGGCGCCACCUCCACACCAUUUAAAAACAAUUUAUUCAAGUUGUGCUAAAAAGUAGUGUGCUUACUAAGUGCUUUCGUUGUGAGAGAAGAAAAAGAGCAACAGACUCCCCAGCAGCAUGCUGAGUUUCCGAUUACAAUUAAUGAAUUAAUUAACCGUAGUUUGUAUAGAACUUUUCUGAAGGGAAAUCUCCCUCGGGAUAGGAAACGGGUAGUGUCAGACUCUUACUGACUAAACCAGAACCGCCGUGCUACGUCAUCCGCGUUUAUUCGGUGCAUAGCAAUGCAUAGUUUUUCAACACGCACACAGAUUACAUACUAAAGGCUGUUACAUCGCAUUAAAGUAGAAAAUGUAAAAAUGUUUUGAGUGCACGGGGUUCGCAGAGUGGUUGUCACCACACAAAACCCACAGUGCGUCGUGUCGCGAAUUCGACCCCCGCGUAGGACAAGCAUUUGUGUGAUCCACGAAUGCUUGUCCCGAGACUGGGUCUCUUUGAGCACGUGAUUUGUAUAAUAGUGUGAUACAAGGAUUAAAUUCCUUACUAUGAUAGUUUUUUUUUUUAAAUGUAUUAGGUCUAAGGUAUCCUAGGUCGUCAUAUCUUAUAGUCGGAUAGACUAGUCAGUUUGCUUGGGCAUUUUGGCAUAAAAAGAGGCCCCCUUACAUUCUUGAGUGCUUUGAGAUUCAUUUUUAGUAUGAAUACGACGAAAAUAGUAUAAAAAAUAAGUUUUUUCCUAUUAUUAUAAGAAAUCUUGUUGAAUUCCAAAGAAAUUAACCAAAAAUCUAGUCAUUUUUUUCGGGACUAGCCCACCACACAUGCCUGUCAUUGUAACUCCUGUAAGCCAGGAUCAAUUAAACUAAUGAAAACCACCGAAACGUUUAAGUUCAGUGUUCCAAGGAAGCGAUAAAACUGCCUUGGAACCCGCAACGAAAUUAAUCGAAAAUAGAAAGAAGUCCAAUAUUCCACAAC